GGUCGCGUGCAGGGGUCCUUUUUGUGGAGCCGUCGCAGCCGGGUGCCUGCGUGCUCGCUAGACUGGGGAAGCGGGGCUUCGUCCGGGGAGCAAGGGAGCCGGUCCGGGGAGCUGCCAUGUAUUACAAAUUCAGCGGCUUCACGCAGAGGCUGGUCGGGGCCGGCGCUUCCGCCGCAUACACCCCGCAGGGACUCAAACCAGUGGUAUCUGUGGAAUCGCCACCUCUGAUUUUCGGAACACCAACUAAAACUGUUUCGGAAGCACCAGCAACAGUUCAGUUCUUUGGCAAAAACAAGGUGCCAGACCUGCAAAAGUUUUUUCAGAAGCCCGAUGGCAUGCCAGUACAUCUGAAACGGGGCCUUCCUGACCAACUUCUUUACCGGACCACUAUGGCACUAACAAUAGGAGGGACCAUCUACUGUCUGAUAGCUCUUUAUAUGGCUGCCCAGCCGAAAAAACCAGAGUGAAUAAUUCCUAACUUAUAGGGACUGAUAGCAAUCCUCUGGAAGGAAGACUUGUGUUUAACCCUCUGCCGUUACACUUCAAUCAUGAGAUUGUAUGUUGCAAAUUCUUGAGAUUCCAUUUGAGUUUAAGAACAGUACUUGGGGAAAAUGGUGACCUUUCUCGUCUUAGGAAAAUAAGAGCAGCAUUGAUUAUCGGAGGUUGGAGGGAAGCCAUAUUCUCCUGUGUAGUUCUGCAGGUUAGUCUUUGCACCUUUCACUAAAAAUAAACCAGACAGAGUGACCAGCCUGCAGAACCUCCUAAUGGCCCAGCACAAUAAAUUGGUGGCAGAACCUGGAAAUGAUGUUAUUGAAUCAAUCCAUGCCUUAAGACCAUCCCUGUCACAGUAGGAGGGUGGAAAGAUGUUGAAAAUGCAUUUGACUUUCAGAAGUGAAAGUGGUGGACUAAAUUGCUCCCAAAUGCCAAACUGAUCAUUUCGCAUAACAAUUUUCACUCAAAUGUAAUGCUUUAGCCACUUUUCAAAUCAUGUUGAGCCUCUUCUCAAAUCAUGCUGAAAACUUGAUUAGUAAACAUUGUGCUUUUCACACUGUAAUUUUUGGCAAAGGACUAUGUUGCUCUGACCAGCUCAUAACCAUUCUGUUCUGGUGAACUAUACAAUUGUAUUAGUUCCAUUCCUGUGAAUGCAUCUCUUGGAAAUGGAGUGUUGCACUCAAGAUAGUUUCCAGUGCACUCAAACCAUAGCAGCACCCGUUCCACGUCUGCCCACGCCCCCCCCCCAUCUCUCUCUUUAAAAUGAAGUUCUGCUUGUUUAUCAUUGGAAUAAAUACAGCGGUAUAAAUACUGA